AUGCGUAAAAUCGACCAGCUCACAAAAACGCUGAGCGAUCAAGACAAAAGACACAUCGCAGACCUGAUUGAGACGGGGCAGACGGAGCUGCUAAGCCAUGAAGGGAUAAACGAGAGAAACAUCCUUGACAUCAUUAAGCAGAUCAAAGAAUUCGAACUGGUGUACCCUGAUGGGCUGCGAGCGUACGUGGAGAGAGCCAAAUGUUUGAUGCAAAAAUCGGAAAAGAAACUCCACAACUUUGCGCACUGUGUGAUAGAGAGACCAGAUAAUUUAAUAAAAAUAAAAUUCCCCUGGGGUGAUUGGAUGCACCAAUUUGGUGGAGGCAACCGAGGGGGGAAGACACUACAUGUGAUCGAUGGGCGGCCAGAUGGUCGCGCAGACGAAAAGGAAGACCCCUUUAAUGCCUCCUCAAGCACGUCGAACCAAAGCAGUGAGGAGUACGACGCGAACGGCACUUUUGCCCAGGACGGCAACUUCGUCUGCCCGUCGGAGGGCGAGGCCACUCCGCCGUCCGAGAGGACCUUAUCCCCCGCAGCGAUGUCCACGAUGGAGAUGUCCCCAGCGGCGAUGUCAACCAGGGAGAUGUCCCCCGCAGCGAUGUCCACGAGGGAGAUGUCCCCCGCAGCGAUGUUAACCACGGAAUUGUCCACCACGCCGCUAUUCUCCACGCCGCUAUUCUCCACCCCGCUCUCCCCCGCGUCGUCGAGUGGCGAAGGGUGCGACCCGAAUGGGUACAGAAGUGGCUACAUCUCCUUAUGUGACGAGCCAAAAGGGAGGCCACAAAACGAAACACACACAGAGGAGACAACCCAGGCGAGCGGAACCCUCGCGCAAAUCGACCAGUACCUGCAGUACGAGCAGAUCGGGUUGAGCCAAAUAGACAAAGUAUGCUUCGUUCUCCUAGCGGGGGGGUUGGGCGAACGAUUAAAUCACGGGGACAUCAAAUUAAAGCUACUAACAAAUUUGGUCUCAGAAAAAACGUACCUUGAAUACUAUUGUAAUCAUUUGAAAGUUUUCCAGGAGUAUAUAAAGAGGAGGAAAAACAAAGAGGUAGCCAUCCCCUUCAUCAUCAUGCUGUCCGAUGACACGUAUGAGCAGACGGUUACCUACCUGCGGAGGAACCAGUUUUUCUCCCUUAAGGAGGACCAAAUAUACUUUUUAAAACAGAAAAAGGUACUCUGCUUUAAGGAUGGAGAAGCACAUCUCGAUUUUGUUUUUCAAAAUGGUUCUUUUACCCUUUCGAGAAAACCACAUGGCCAUGGGGACAUCCAUUCUCUCAUUCGGAAGCAGAUCAAUUUGGACGCCUUCAUAGAAGGAGGGUAUAACUACUUGUAUUUUUUCCAAGACACGAACGCGUUAGCUAUGAAGGUGUUGUUUCUAUGCUUGGGGGUCUCCAUAGAGAAGGAGCUGCAUAUGAAUUUCCUAGCCAUUUCGAGGAACCCAGGGGAAGAAAUCGGAGCCAUCUGCAGAGUGACCUACCCAGAUAAUUGCAAACGUGUUUUAAACAUAGAAUAUAACUUUUUAGAAUCGAUCCUCAUGGGUUCAGGGGGAAAGGAGCUGGUCGAUGAGGGUGGGCUUUCCCUCUUCCCUGGCAACACCAAUUCUAUUCUGUUCGAAAUGAAGAGGUAUAACGAGUUGCUCAAAAGAACCAAUGGGGUUGUUCCAGAGUAUGUCAAUCCGAAGUAUGCCGAUUGUGAGAGGAAGCAUUUUGUUCGGGCCACCCGAGUGGAGAGCAUGAUGCAGGAUUUUGCCUUUCUCUACGACUGCGUGGGGGGGGAAGCGUCAGGAGAUGUCUCCCACGAAGGGGGUGGGAGCAACAUGGGAGGUUAUUUCUACAAACGGGGGAGAGUCGGCGUGACCCAGCUGGACAGGUGCCUCUGCUUCUCCGCGGUGAAGAAUGACCCCGUCAAGGCGAAGAGCAAAGUGGAAAGGGGAAUACACCCAGAGUGCAUGUUCAGCGCGGAAGCAGACCUCUACUAUAGCAACUGCGCCUUUUUGCAGCUGGCCUGUCUGUACAAUGGGAAGGAGUUGCUGCUAGACGAAUUGGAGGUGAAGACGUUUAAGGGGGUUCGCUACUUCCUCCCCCCCAAGGUUUUAUUCGAGCCGCAAUUCGCCUUUACCCUAACCGAUCUGGUAAAAAAAGUGACCGGCAAUAUCUCCAUUAGGAGGAACUCCACCCUGUGGGUGAAGUCAGAUGCGCUCAUUCGAAAUUUGCACCUCGACGGGGCACUCAUCAUUGGAGGGGGUAACUCUGAAGAUGCCGUUUCCCUCCCUAUUGUGUUGGAAAAGAACCUGUGUGUUCGGAACAGGGGGGAUGAGUUGGUGGCCCUUUCGGACAGAGGGGAAGAGAACUCCGAGCAGCUCCGAAUAAGGGGCUAUAAGUUAGUAAGGAGCGAGGCCCUCCUGAUAAGCAGCUAG